UAUCAUCUCAAAAAAGAACCAUCAUCCACAACGAUGCUGAGAGCUCUGCUUCCGCGCCGAAUCCGUUUCUGCAUCUCCUUCCUAUUAUGGUUAACCAUAUCAUUAGCCCAAACAAACACCACCCCAUCCACCGGCGGUAAUUUUCCGGCCACAAUCUCCUCAGUUAACAUUACAAAAGGAGCCAACAUAACCAAACCAGGAUGUCAACGCCAAUGCGGCAACCUCACAGUUCCCUAUCCCUUCGGCAUUGGGCUCGACUCCGGCUGCGCAAUUGGGCCCUGGUUCCAAGUCAACUGCAACACUUCAUUCAACCCACCGAAGCCAUUCAUCGGCGAAAUCGAAAUCUUCGAAAUAGCCGACAACCUGGUCCGUAUUUCCAAUGUGAUGGCCCGGAAAUGUUACAACCAAGUCGGCGAACUAAUCGACAGCUACACCGCCUGGACGAAUCUUGGGGGGACCCCAUACAGCUUCUCCGACCUCAACACCUUCAACGUCAUCGGCUGCGACGAUUUUGCCCUCAUUUCCGGCUCCCAAGGCCGGAAUUUCACCAGCGGGUGCGUGUCACUCUGUUCUAAAGCAGAGGACGUGCUGGAUGGAUAUUGUUCUGGAAUUGGGUGCUGCCAAACCGCCAUUCCGAAAGGGAUGAAAUACUAUCUUGCUUCUCUAAGUAGUUUGAAGAAUCACACUUCGGUUUUCGGGUUUGAUCCUUGCAGUUAUGCUUUUCUUGGGGAACGGGACAGGUUCACCUUCCGGGGCGUACCUGAUUUCUCGGACCCGGAGUUCAUCAAUCGGACUUUGGCUAAUGUUCCCAUUGUGCUGGACUGGGCCAUUGGAAAUUCGAGUUGCUCAGAAGCCCAGAAACAGAGUGAUUAUGCCUGUGAAGCAAAUAGCUCUUGUGUUGAUUCAAACACUGGAUUUGGUGGAUAUCGUUGUAGUUGCAAAGAAGGUUAUGAGGGCAAUCCUUACCUCAGCCCAGGCUGCCAAGAUAUCAAUGAAUGUGCAGAUCCUAAUAACAAUCCGUGCGAUAAGAUGUGUAUUAACAGUCCGGGUGGUUAUAGUUGUUCUUGUCCUGAAGGAUAUUAUGGAGAUGGUAGAAAAGAUGGUCGUGGAUGCAUAGCUAAGAACCAUGAGUUUCCCGUCAUUAAACUUUCUCUUGGUUUGGGGUUUGGUAUUUUGUCAUUACUGAUGGCAAUAAGUUGGUUAUAUUUGGGCAUUAAGAAGAGAGAGCUUAUAAAGAUGAGGGAGAAAUUUUUCCAGCAGAAUGGUGGGUUGUUAUUAAGGCAACAAGUGUCGUCAAAUGAAGGUGGAGUGGAAUCUACCAAGAUUUUCACAGCUGAAGAACUAGAAAAGGCCACCAAUAACUAUGCCGACGAUAGGAUUCUCGGUAGAGGAGGCUAUGGUACAGUUUACAAAGGAAUUUUGUCGGAUAAACGCGUUGUGGCCAUUAAGAAAUCUCGAAUUAUGGACGAAAGUCAGAUCGAACAAUUCAUCAAUGAAGUGGUGAUUUUGACUCAAGUUAACCAUCGAAACGUUGUCAAACUCUUAGGUUGUUGUUUGGAGGCAGAGGUGCCGUUGUUAGUUUAUGAGUAUGUCUCAAAUGGAACACUUUUCCAUCACAUUCAACAUAGUGGAGUGUCAUGGAUGUCGUGGGAAAAUCGUUUAAGGAUCGCAACUGAAGCUGCUGGUGCACUUUCUUACCUACAUUCUUCAGCUUCCAAGCCUAUCAUUCAUCGCGAUGUUAAGUCUGCAAACAUUUUGCUUGAUGAAUACUACACGGCCAAGAUAUCAGAUUUUGGAGCUUCGAGAUUAGUGCCGUUGGAUCAAACUCAGGUGACAACGUUAGUGCAAGGGACAUUAGGUUAUUUGGAUCCUGAGUACUUCCACACUAGUCAACUGACUGAGAAAAGCGAUGUUUACAGUUUUGGAGUUGUACUCGCUGAGCUAAUGACUGGGAAGAAGCCACUUUGCAUGGAGAGAAGCCAAGAAGAACGGAACCUAGCGACGUGUUUCAUCAUGUCCAUGAAGGAGAAUCGGUUGUUUCAAAUUCUUGAUCCUCGAGUUGUGCGCGAGGGGUCUUUAGAACAACUUCAACAAACCGCGGAAUUGGUGAAAAGAUGCCUGUGUUUGAAUGGCGCAGAUAGGCCAACUAUGAAGGAAGUUACCAUGGAACUUGAAGGGCUAAGGAAGUUCACACUUAGACAUCCUUGGGCAAAUGACCAACAGCAUGGUCAAGAUGAAUCAGUUGGGUUAAUGGCUAAUGAGAUAGAGUCAUCCGAUCUUUACACAGUUCCACUCAGUCCUUAUUCUGAUUUAGCACCUCUAUCUGGAUCACAAUACAGUUUGGAUUCAACUCAGAUGACAUUUCCGGCUUCAAACAGCCCUCGUUGAAUUGAAAUUCAUCAGGGCCCUAUUUCCAUGCUUAUGGUCAGUUUAUAAAACUCAGUUUUCAAUUUUUACAGAGAUGGGUUGCGAUUGUAAGAAGAUUGAAUACCAUAACUCAUACCUUUUUCUAAUUUUUUUUAAUUAUUAUUCUCUCUGUUUUGUGGGUUUGCGUGAUGCAAAUUAUAGUAUGAAAACAGAGUCAGUUGACAUUUUC